GGGUGAUUUGCACUUUGCCUGCCACAAACGUCGAAAAAGCGAUAUGCCGCAGCAGGCUUUCGUUUCAUUUCAUCUCGAAAGAUGCGAUUUAAGUCUGUGAGUACCUAGUAAUGAUCUUGUAUCCAAGACUGUAGUGAAUCUCAUAAUGCCACCAUAAGAUCCAUAAAUGUUGUGGGGGAGGUGUCCAGUCAUUCGGUGACCCAAGCAUGAAUGGCUUUUGGCAUCUCAAAAAACUAUUAGGCCUUACACGGACUUGCUUUCCUUCUUCAACCGAGCGGGAUCUUGGUACCAUUCGAUAAAAACACACCGUCAUCAUGGGCUUAGACAGCACAUUUUCGACAAGUAACUUUGACGAGCCGGAACCUUGGUCCAAUAAAAAACCGGUAAUCUUGGGCCUGAUUAUUACUUUCCUGGUAUCUUCGUGGCUCUGCGUCUGUGGCAGACUCUAUGUUCGGAUUAAAAUCAUUCGAGAACCAGGUUGGGAUGACCUGUGUGUUCUCCUCUACGCAUUGUUCACUACUCUAGGGAGUCACUACCUCUUACUCUCGGCGGACCAGAUGCACAUCUAUCUGAAAAUGUUCUACUUGUGCAACGCAUCUUAUUGCACGGCGACUACAUUCAUCAAGGGGGCUUUAUUACUUCAGUAUCUACGAGUCUUUCCGCGCAGCAGCGUUAUCUGGCGCUUCACACUGGGCACCGCCAUCUUCACAGCUGUUUGGGGCCUCGCUUACUCUUUCAUCGCUUGGGUCCCAUGUUUCCCCGUCAGGAGUUUCUGGGAGGCACCCGCCGAUGCUAAAUGCUACGGAUAUGGAUCGUCCAUUCCGUCCCAAUUCGUUGGCACUUAUGAGAGCCAUACUGCCAUCAACAUGAUUCUGGACUUUAUCGUCCUCAUCAUCCCAUUGCCGCUACUUUGGAAAGAAGGGACCAACCUGAAACAGAGAAUGCGGGUUUUGGGUCUUUUGAUUAUGGGAUCACUAGUCAUCAUGCUCGCCAUCUGGCGCCUCGCGACGAUCAUCGACCACCAGGCCGCCACGUGGCCCACGCACGACCCAACGUGGUACGGGCCCAUCAGCAUCAUCCUCGCGGUCCUCGAGGUCGACUUCGCGGCCAUCUGCGCCAGCACCCCGAUCUUCUGGCCGGUGCUCGAGGAGAGGUGGGGCAGCAUCUUCAUCACCCAGGAGAUCAAGAUCACCCGCGAGGACCGGUACACGGAUGUCGACGACCGGUUCUCCACGCGCUCGGGCCGCCCUGGCAGCCAGAUUGAGCUGAAGCGGACGGAGAGCGGGCACUCCCAGGGCGCCGACGCGCACUAUAACGACAUGUUCGUCAUGAGCUCUGUCGAUCCGCUGAGGAGCCCCAAGUUGGGAGAGUCGAGGGCUGCAGCUGUGAUCGAGAGCGGCAACGGGAAAAAAGGAGGAGGAUCGAAAUGGGCCCUCUAA